AUGGUCCGCGAGACAAAGCACCCUCGUCAAGUCUGCGAAAUCCGUGCCGUCCACUACGACCAGGCGGUCCUCCACCAGGGAAAGGCAACAGGAGACGAGCACCGCUCGCUCGAGCACGUCUUGCUCUCGAUAAAGCCCAAAUUUAUGCAGCUUAUCGUAGAGCAGAAGAAGAAUCACGAGUACCGCAACUACAAGCUGAAGGAGACCGUGAAGCACAUCUGGUUGUACGAGACGGCGCCCACGUCUGCUAUCACAUACGUCAUGUCUACCACAGAUCCUAAGGCCCCAGGCGAGGUGCAAGAUCCCUCCGGGGUCGGCAAUGACGACUUUGAUCAGGGCCUCAUGUCCAAGUUCGGGUACCCCAUCAUCGAGCUCUGGAGGCUCAGGACACCCAUCACUGCCACCCAACUCAAGGAGCACUUUGGUAUCGCGUCAUCCCAAGGAUGGAGGUAUGCGACGCGGAAGCUGGUGGAGGAGUUGCCGCUCCACGAGAUGGACAAGCUGUUUUGA